CCUUAAUCUCUUCAUCGAUUCUUUUCUCUUCGAUCGCCUGAAUAAUUUCAAGCUCAAUCUCUACAAUUCGAGCACCAAUUUGAUUACAUAAGGGACGCGUUUCAGCCAAUUGCAGAACAAGAUAACAAAAUGAGUGCUGGUGGUGCGUUUGGUGGGUCAAGAGGUUCAAGACCAGUGCCUCCAGAAAAAGGAGUCUUCCCUCUGGAUCAUAUGCAUGAAUGCGACUUGGAGAAAAAAGAGUAUCUCAGUUGUCUAAAAACUGCUGGCCAUAAUUCAGGAAAAUGUAAAGAGUUUUCAAAGAAAUAUUUGCAAUGUCGAAUGGAGAAGAACUUAAUGGCAAAGCAAGACAUGUCUGAGCUUGGGUUUCGCAAGGAACUCGAAACAGAAACUUCUGAAGGAACAGAGAACGACAAAUAGAUCAGUAAUCGAGAUUCAUCGUUGCCGGUUUCGGGGGAUGCAUGUUGGCAACCAAAUGAUGUAGAAAACAAUCUUUGGAAGUUCAAGAAUUUACUAUGAUUAAUUACUGGUGUAUUCUUGUUAAUUACUAUUACAUAAGCAGGGCUCAGAGCCAUUGUUGAAUCCUCUCUGACUUGUGUUAUGAUCAGCUCAGACUUGUGUUCAAUCAGAUGACAGUCUAAUAAAAUUACUUCUUCAA